UAGCGGCUAAUCAGUGCAGUGGGGUGAGCCUGUGCUAAUCUACAUAUUCACGUAACCAGCUGAUGCAAUUUGUGUACACUGAGUUUUUGAUUUCCUCUUGAAAGUGUUGGAGACUCGAUUCCCGCACUAAUAUUAGCGUCACGUUAAAAUGCAGGUUAAUUUUUUCUGCCCUCGGUUCAGCCAGGUUUGCUCCUAUGCUGCAGGAGCUGGCUGACAUGGAGCACCAUGAAAAGAGCAGAUAUCGUGCAGGUUAAAGGGCUUAACGUUGCUUUGGAUUACAAUUUGGUGCUGAUGCAUGAUGUGUGCCCGAUGCUUUCUGCAAAUAUUUGUUUUUGUAAACAAAUAAAAGUGCUACAUCCAAAUUGAGCUUGGACUGAUCUCUCAUUUCUCUAGUGCUAGACCAAUGGGGACCUAAGAAUCACUGAUCUGAAUCUUACAUUCUCUUACGGAGACAAACUGGAAAGCAAACACUGGUUGCCAUGCGGAUCAGUUUUUGCCAGGGUUUGUUAACCGGAGCCAUCAUCCUCAACCUCCUCAUUCUCUACUAUGUGUCCCGGGCCCAGCAGCAGAUGAUGGACAAGAGGAAGGAGCUUGGCAGGGGCACCAGGAGGGCUUCCCUACCGGCCUCCGGUUUUGGGGGAGGCCUAGGGGGACUCAUAGGGCCUGGAGGUGAGCCUGGAGUGGCCGGGGUGGAGGGACACAGUCGUGGCCCGCGUGUAACGGUGCUUCUCAGGGAGUUUGAGAACUUUGAGAAUUAUGUUGGAGAUGUGGCCAAUUCCUUCCUCAGACAGAGACCUGAGCUUCCUUUCCUGGCUGUGGCUGACAUGUCUCCUUACCCGCCCCUGGUGCUCCCAGAUGGGGCCCGGCUUUUGAUGCUCUCCCCCAGCCCGGACCAGCCGCCACAAGCUCACAGGCCGGAGUUUCAUGUCCAGACAGAAUUUGUGCUGCUGGUGCCUGAUGGAGUGGAACUGGAGCAACCGCGGGCUAUUGAGAGGCUGAUCAGGGAGCUGGAAGGUGAGGGUGGGGGGCCUGUGAGGCUGGUUGCUGCACCUGUGCUAGCUCGGUCUGCUGUGCAGUGUCUGCACCUGCGAGUGAACCUCAGAGAGUGGACAGCUACCUACUCCCCAGCUGCGUCUGGUAGCAGCGGGAGCGUGUGCACGGCUUUACAAGGAGAUGCAGUGGUUCUGAUUCGCACAGAGGAUCUUUUUAACCUCUCUGUACCUCUGGGCCGACCCCUUUUCUCCUCACUAUUCGUCCAAACUGCCCUGAGAGGCUGGAAGGUCAAGCUACUGGAGAGCCCCUGUUUCUCCGCAAACCACCGGCCCCUCUUCAGCUCAGCUCACAACCAGUGGAAAGCUGACACUCGACUGAAGGAGGCCACUGGGAAGCUCAUGAGGAGCUUUGGCCUGAAGCGUCUUUUGUUUCCUGAAGGGAAGGAGCAGUGGUAUGGCUGCAGUAAGGAGACACAUCGCUGCUUCGGCACUGUGCAGGAUGACACUCCAGACUACCUCUAUCUGGAUCGCUGGACACCACCCUGUUGUCUUCGAGCACUCAGAGAAACUACCAAGUAUGUCAUCAAUAUCCUGGAAAGCUCUGGUGUGCGCUACUGGCUAGAGGGGGGAACUCUGCUGGGUGCUGUCCGCCAUCAGGACAUCAUUCCCUGGGACUAUGAUGUGGACCUGGGUAUCUACCUGGAGGAUGUAUCCAACUGUGAUCACCUGAAGAACCUGGACUCAGGCUCUCUGGUGGAUGCUAACGGCUAUGUCUGGGAGCGUGCGGUAGAAGGUGACUUCUACAGAGUCCAGUACAGCGAGGCCAACCACCUUCACGUUGACCUGUGGCCGUUCUACCCACGUAACGGCAUCAUGACCAAGGACACGUGGACAGAGCACAAACAAGAUGUUGAAUUCCCUGAACACUUCCUGCAGCCGCUUGUGCCCAUGCCCUUUGCUGGCAUCAACGCCUACGGCCCCAAUAAUCCCCGCGCCUUCUUGGAGCUCAAGUUUGGAGAGGGGGUCAUUGAGAAUCCCCAAUACCCCAACCCCACCAAGAAAAGACUGGACCGAAGCAAAUUAUGAUAGGAUAAAGAAGUCUUUUUUUCUGUUGAAUUGUAUUUGUUUACUGAACAAUAAAGAACAUUUUUAAAACAG